AUGGGUGUUAUGCGUCUCCCCCGUCCAUCGGGCAUCUAUGUCCCCAAUUCACCAAGAACCCUCACCAACGACAUGAUCUCUCCACCACUCUCUCCAGAAUUCAGCUUCGAUUCCGAGACUGUCACACCAUCUCUCCUCCCAGCUCUGGAAUACAUCUCCACAAAACUCCAACAAAGAAUGAUGCACGUCACCCUCCUCAUCGGCCGCGGAAAGCCCUACCCGACCGGUCAACCCUCCGACCUAAUGAUCAUCCCCAUUCAUCCAAUCGAGCCACAAGCAUGGCGAGUACUUGAGCGCGCCAUCGCCAAAGGCUCGAGAAAGUUCUCACUCGGCCCCAGCUGGACCGACGCCAUCAGCCGCAGCCAGUAUGAACGCCAGGCAAACGACCACCUCGUCAAGCAAUCCAUCCUCCAAAACGAAGUCAUCUUCAGCCAGGAGGGUCUAACUCUCCUGAACAUGGACCGAAUUUAUACCUUCAAGCGUCGCAUGUGCAUCCUCUCUACCCGUCCCUUCUCCCGCAACGACGAACAAUCAAUGUCAUCCUGCGUCCGUCUACUCCACCGCAUCGUCGCGGAUUUCUCCGGUCGCCCUUUUAGCAAAGCUUUCUUCCACCGCGUCUAUGAGCAGCUCGAUGUCCCAGAUGAGCAGCUCACUGCCGUCGCACUUGCGUACAAGAAUGUCCACAGUCAAGAUGCUAUCAUUCUUCCCGCCCAGGCCAAACCUCCAGCUCCAGUCCCAGCCAAAGUCGAGGCUAUUGUUCCAGCGAAAGCUAUCGCUCCAACUAGAAUUCCAGUCAAGGCCCAGACCGUUGUUCUAGCAAAAGCUACACCCAUAGUCCUGGCCCAAAUCCAGCCAGCUCCAGCGAAACCCCAGCCCAAAGUUGAGCAAAUCAUUGUGAAGCCCAAGGCUGAUCCUAUCCCUAUCCGGGUGAAGGCCGAACGCCCCCGUGAAGUGAAGAGAUCACCCAUCCAGACUGUGCGCGGUCGGAGACAGCCUCCGCCGUCGAAGAUGCGAGGACACAAUAAGCGUGGGCCCAAGACACCUCUUUCUGCGUCAGAUGUCACUCCUAUCACGCGGAAUGAGUGGAAUAUUCUUGUCAGCCAGGAUAUUCGUGUGCAACCUAGAGUUACCAAGUGGACUCCGUCGCCCACUGUGCUGGCAGUGGCCGCUGCUUGA